AUGGAUCCUCUCUCGGUGAACGGCGAACAGCCGCUAAAUCCGGCAAGACACAAAUUGCUUGAACAAGUCAUCAGGACACCAGGGAGACAACCCUCACCCCAGCCGACUUGGCUGGGAGUUCCUGGUGCCUCCCAAUCCAAUCAAUCGUUACACCGCAUUCUGUCGGAUCACAGUCCAGGCUAUGUGGCUCCUCAGUUUGAGGGCAAGAGGGCACAGAUGGAGGAGGUUAUGGACCUCAUCGAAGAAAAGGGCUUCUUGCCAACCGAAUUUAUCGCGUCCGAGACUGAGUGGUUCUACAAUUCGCUGGGAUUCGACGACAUGUAUUUCUCCACCGAGACCGUCGAGGCGGUGGCAAGCAAUAUUCUCUCGUUGUACGCCGCCAAGCUCGCUGCAUAUGCGCGAGAUGACAAGAAGCUGGAAAUCAGAUUGGCCAAAGAGGCGUCUGACCAUGCAGUCUACAUUGACACAAGCAAGCCUGGAAUAAGUGUCAUCGAGGGACCGAGAUACGAACAGAGAAUCGACGAGAAGUACAUUGACGGUUCUACACCGGCGAGGAGCUUCCGUGUCGAGUCCUUCAGAUCGAGCAAUGCCCUGCCGGAAAACCCGGAGGAAUCAUUGCGAUGCUACUUCGUUUACGAGUGUCAAUUCAAGAACCCAAACCCUGGGCCGGACGAGACAGACAUUGAGGUCAUUGGUGAAAAGCGGUUUCUCCAGAAGGCCACUCAGAACACCAAAGAGAUCUACCAGGAGAUCAUAACCUAUGCCGUGGCCCGAACCGGCCCGGUCAUCGAAAUGUUUGAGAUGGAGGGCACCCGAGAAAAGAGACUGGUCAUUGCGUACCGUCAAGGGUCGGCUAUGGGUAUUUUCAGUGCUCUGUCAGAUCUCUACCACUAUUACGGAGUUACCAGCUCCAGAAAAUACGUCGAGCAGUUUUCCAACGGCAUCACGGUCGUCUCUCUAUAUUUGAAGCCUGCCAGUACCGAAAUUGCCAAGUCAAGGUAUCCUCCUAUCGAGGCUUCCAUCCAUCAGAUCAUCAAAGAAGUCUCUUUGCUCUUUUGCAUUCCUCAGAACAAACUUCAGGGGCAGUUUGCCAGUGGCAAUCUGAGUUUGCAAGAAAGCAUCUACGCCCAUUGCGUGCAUGUCUUUGUCCAGCAAUUCCUCAACCGGCUUGGUUCCGAGUACACCUCCUUGGUUGCGGCGCUGAAAGGAGACACAAACGCCAAUGCAGAAUUGCUUUCAAAGAUCAAGAAGCGGUUGCGAACAGAGACAUUUACCUCGGAUUAUAUCCUCGAGAUCAUCAACAAGUACCCAGAGCUCAUUCGGAACCUGUAUCUCUCUUUUGCAAACAACCACUACGUCCAGACCCGAGGAGAGCAGGAUGAUUUCAUUCCGACACUUAGUUACCUGCGAUUGGACGUGCAAAACGUUCUUGACGAUGCUACCCUGUCUGAGAUGAUCUCUACGACCACCCAAAACCAACACGACGAGAUGGUGAUGCAAUACUUCUUAACCUUCAACAAAGCGGUCCUUAAGACAAACUUCUACACCCCGACCAAGGUAGCACUCAGUUUCCGACUCAAACCCAGCACUGAAUUCCUACCUGAUCACGAAUAUCCACAACCCCUAUACGGGAUGUUCUUGGUCAUUGGUUCAGAGUUCAGGGGAUUCCAUCUUCGGUUCCGCGACAUUGCGCGUGGUGGCAUCCGGAUCGUCAAGUCCCGUAACAAGGAACUUUACGCAAUCAAUGCUCGAACUCAAUUCGACGAGAACUACAACCUGGCCAACACUCAGCAGAGAAAGAACAAGGACAUUCCAGAAGGUGGAUCCAAAGGGGUCAUCCUUCUUGACUACCAACAUCAAGACAAGGCUCGUGUUGCCUUUGAGAAAUACAUUGACAGUAUCAUGGAUCUUCUGUUGCCGCCUACGAGCCCAGGUAUCAAAGAUCCUAUUGUCGAUCUACAUGGGCAAGAGGAAAUUCUGUUCAUGGGGCCAGAUGAGAACACUGCCGACCUUGUGGACUGGGCUACGGAACAUGCCCGUGCCAGAGGCGCGCCGUGGUGGAAGUCCUUCUUCACCGGCAAGAGUCCCAAACUUGGUGGUAUUCCUCACGACGCAUAUGGAAUGACGACUUUGUCCGUCCGCGAGUAUGUCUUGGGCAUUUAUCGCAAGUUGAACUUGGAUCCGAGCAAAAUCAGAAAGCUUCAGACCGGUGGUCCAGACGGAGACCUGGGCUCCAAUGAAAUCCUUCUUAGCAACGAGAAGUACACUGCCAUCGUUGAUGGUUCCGGUGUCCUCGUUGACCCAGCGGGCCUGGAUCACGCGGAGUUGGUGCGUUUGGCGAAGAAGCGAGUGAUGAUUUCACAAUACGACAUCUCAAAACUGUCACCCCAGGGAUACCGCGUCCUGGUGGAAGAGAAUAAUGUCAUGUUACCUUCCGGCGAGAAGGUCCAUAACGGCAUGACUUUUCGGAACACAUAUCACCUCCGCGACGCUUCGCAGUAUGACCUCUUCGUGCCUUGUGGUGGUCGACCGGAAUCGAUUGAUCUAUCCAAUGCCGGUAAGCUGAUCGUGGAUGGCAAAUGUAAAAUCCCCUACAUUGUCGAGGGCGCCAAUCUAUUCAUCACGCAAGACGCCAAGCUUCGUCUUGAAAAGGCCGGUUGUAUCAUUUACAAGGAUGCCUCUGCCAACAAGGGCGGCGUGACUUCGUCGUCGCUUGAGGUCCUAGCAAGCUUGUCCUUUGACGACAAGGGUUUUAUUGAGAACAUGUGUGUUGACAGCGAUGGAACCGUUCCAGAGUUCUACACGAUGUACGUCAAGGAAGUGCAAGAGACAAUUAAACGCAACGCUCGUCUCGAGUUUGAAGCCAUUUGGCGCGAACACGAGGCCACAGGGGUACCUCGCUCGACCCUCUCUGAUCAGUUGUCCCUUGCAAUCACCAAGCUGGAUGAGGACCUUCAGAACUUCAAGGAUUUGUGGAACAACGAACCGCUUAGACACCAGGUCUUCAAGGAAGCGCUCCCUAAGACACUCCAGCAGAAGGUGGGCUUGGACAAGAUCUUGAGCCGUGUGCCGGACAACUAUCUCAAGUCUAUCUUUGGGAGUUACCUGGCCAGUCGAUUUGUGUACGAGUACGGCGCGACGCCGAGUCAGUUUGCCUUUUUUGAUUUUAUGAGCAAAAGACUUGCAGGUGCGAUUACCAAUGGGCAGUGA